GGACAAAAUCUGUUUUCAAAUGAGAAAACAAAAAACAAAAUCACUAAAUCAUGAACUCCACUUGUCUAUUCACCUCCCAUUUCCCAACCGCCACGCUCACCGCCAAAACCAAUCACCGCCGCCUCCGCCGCCGCAAUACCUUCCCAAAAAUGUCACUCAACUCCACGCCAACGCCACCAUCACCACUACCACCACAGCCUCCAAACCCCAAAACCCUCAUAAACACCGUCACUAAACUACUCUGGGGUCAAUCACUGCCACCAGGGCUCCUAAUCUCCACCGUCCGUACCGCCUGGACCACCACCUGGCAACUCAUGAUGUCCCAGCUAGCUCCCUCUGAUGCCUCCGGCACAUACACUCGACCCACUUCCAAAUUCCGCCUCAAAAAUACCCAAUUUUCCCGCCAAAAUUCAACUUCUUUACCUUACCACCUCUAUGUAGGGUUACCAUGCCCAUGGGCCCACAGAGCCCUAAUUGUCAGAGCUCUCAAAGGUCUAGAAGAUUCCAUCCCCGUGUCCAUUGCAGCACCGGGUCAAGACGGUUCUUGGGUAUUUGAGAAUAGAGGAGUUGUAAAUACGGGUACGGGUAUCCUUGUUCCGGGUAUAGAUAGUGCUCAUGGAUGCAAGAAUUUAAAGGAAGUUUAUCAGCUUACAAGAGGAGGAUAUAAUGGGCGGUCCACAGUGCCAAUGUUAUGGGAUGUUCAGAGGAAUGAGGUUUUUUGUAAUGAAAGUUAUGACAUUAUUCAGUUUUUUAAUUCGGGUCUAAACGGGUUAGCCCGUAAUCCGGAUUUGGAUUUGGAACCAGAGUCAUUAAAGGGAAAGAUUGAGGAGUGGAAUCAAGUUAUUUAUCCUAAUGUAAACAAUGGUGUUUAUAGGUGCGGUUUUGCGCAGAGUCAAGAGGCGUAUGAUAAAGCGGCCAAUGAUUUGUUUAGCACAUUGGAUAUGGUGGAUGAUCGUUUGGGUAGUUCGCGUUACUUGUGUGGCGAUACUAUUACAUUAGCAGAUGUUUGUUUAUUUACUACUUUGAUUCGGUUUGAUCUUGUGUAUAAUGUUCUGUUUAAGUGCACCAAGAAAAAGCUGCUUGAGUAUCCUAAUCUUCAUGGAUAUAUGCGUGAUAUAUAUCAGACUCCAAAGGUUGCGGAAACUUGCAACUUUUCUGCUAUUAUGGAUGGUUACUACAAAGUUUUAUUUCCGCUGAAUCCCGGCAGCAUUAGUCCAGUUAUGCCUUCAGGAUGUGACCAUGAAUUUCUAUCCGCACCUCACAAAAGGGAAUUGCUAUCACCUAUGCAGGUUUUUGUUUCAUAAGUCUAUUCACAUCAAAUCUCUGUGUAUAUAUAUACUGAUAGAAUUUGUCUCUGUAUAGAUAGAUAUACUAGUAUUUGUAAUGAAGGCUGUUUUUUUUUUUUUUACUAUCCAAUAAGAAUGAAUUUUAUUACUUA